UCCUUCCUAAUUUGUUUCUAAAUGUUUUUGCUUUGACUAUGAAUGGUGUAACCCUCUGCUGUUACUUUCCAACUUCAGCAAGAGCCUCCUGAUCUAGUGGCCAAGACCGCCUCUGACCUCCUGCCAUGUACCCCAACCCUCUCAUCUACUGCACCUGCUGGGACCCCUGGAACUUGGGACCACGGAAGCUAAUCAAGACCCCUCGGCCACCAGCCAAGACCUCCAUAGGGAAGCCCAAGCUAACUCCUCUUCCUCCAGCUGCAAAAAAACAAAGUUGUGUUCAACCAACAACAAAACCUGUUGUUGCCCCAAAAGUGACGGUCGAUUUAGGAAAACAAGAGGAGAGCAAUACAUUACCUAAUGUGAGUAAAAACAGCAAGAGGGCCGGGGGACUAACAUUUAUUGAGUGCCUGCUGUGUGCGGGCAUAGGCCUUUUACACAGGAAUCUCAGCACUCCAAGUCUGCAAGAUUAUCUCACCUUCCACCUUGAUGCCCAGGAAGUGAUAAAUGUGUCACCUGGCUAUCGCCUCAUUCGAAAUAGGGAGCAGAUUUACGUCACCUUGGGAGAUGAAAUGUUUGAUAAGAAAAAGCGGUCGAAAGCAGAGAUCGUGGACAGAAUCAAAAUUUCCAGGACUGAUAUCAUUACUGACCUCGAAGAGCAGAUCUCAGAGCUGACCGUGAUCAUUGAGCAAAUGAACAGAGACCAUCAGUCUGCCCAGAAAUUGCUCUCCGAGGAAAUGGCUCUCCACUGUGCUGAGAUGCGGGAGAACUUCGAAAACAAGAACAGGGAGCUCAAAGAGGCUCACGCAGCAGAGCUCAGUCAGUUGGAGAACAACUACAAAGCAUCAUUGAAGGCAGAGAAGCUGGCUGCCCAAGAAAAACUAGAUGAGAUGGGAAAGGAAUAUAAGUAUUUGAAGAAUAUGUUUCAUAUGUAUCAGGACAGCAUUUAUGAUGAAAUGGAGGACAAGUGGUCGAAGAAGAAGGCAGAAUGGGAAAAGGAGGAGAAGUUGGAGUGGGAAAAGAUCCUGCUACAGCAAAAACAUAAAAUGACAAAAAAGUUUGAGUUAGAGUCAAUAGAAGAAAAGAAGAAAAUAAAUGAUUCCUACAGUGCCGUCUUUGAGAACUUCAUUCGAGAGAAGGAGGAGCUACUGAAACAACAUGAAAAGGAUACCUUACAAUUAGAGGAGCUAAGAAAGACCAAACAGGUCAUGGAGGAAGAGUUGAAUACACAAGCUGUUAUCCUAGAAACACUUAACACAACCCUCUACCAAACCCAGAUGGAACUUCAGAGAGAGAAAGCUACUGUGGGAAAUCUGGAGAAAAUGUUCCAGAUCAAGCUUGCUGAAGCUGAAGAAAAUUUUAAAUAUACCAUACAGCUUCUGACAGAAGAAAACAUUCAUCUAAGGCAAAAAAUAAUUGCCAAGAAUGAAGAAAUUUAUGAAGAACGAUCUGGGAAGUCAACCUCUAUUUAUGAGGAUGAUUCUGACACUUUAGAAGAUGACAGCAAUGAAAAACAAGAAUUGUGAGCAGAAAAGUUGUUCUCCAGUACAAAAG